AUGCCUCGAAACAAUUCCAAAAGAUAUUUCAGCGAGACAGCCAAUCAUCAACCCUCUCGGGGGCGCGGCUUCGGCCUCGAUCGGACCGCUUCGCGCGGUGUAACACCGAAACUUCUCGAACGUAACUACAGCCAUCAGCCUAUUGUCGAUUUUCGAGCGUCUGAACCAUAUGCGGAAUUAGAACUCUUCAUCAUCUCGUCGCCCUUCGGGGCAGCAGCAGCAGCAGCAAGCGGCCGCUCCGACAGCGAAGGCAUUCCAAGCUGCUAA